GACCGUAAGAUGACUUCAGACAACGCUUUGAUCUCCGAAAGGAUGUUCAAAAGGUCAUCGCCCAACUACAAGCUGACAAUGUACCUGGAGUCACGUGACUUUGUGGUGGAAAAAGGGAGUAUCGAUAAAAUACAGGGCGUUCUACACGUGGAGUCGGGCAAUUUGGAAAACAAGAAGCUAAUCGCACAAGUUACGCUGACCUUUAGAUACGGUCGCGACGACGAAGAAGUAAUGGGAAUCAAAUCUUGGAAUGAAGCAAUAAUGAGUCUCACUCAGAUCUGGCCUGUGGAUUGCAAUCACGACAAGCAACCGACUUCAGCAUUUCAGGAGGAACUUAUAAAUCGUUUAGGAGACAAUGCGUUUCCGUUCCACUUGGAAUUAAGCCACCUAAUGCCACCUAGCAUCCAAUUAGUGCCAACUAAGCAAUACCACGGUCCCCAUAUGGGGACCUCAUACGAAGUUCGGGCUUAUAUAGCUAAUCAAAAACAUGACAAAAUUUCCCAUCGUAAUACAGUCCGUAUGGGAAUACGAGUGUUUCAAGGUCAAGGUAGACCCCAGCCACCUGUUUUGCCUCCCCACACCGCACACGCCCAGAGCGCGCUGGCACAUCACAACGUAAUCGGACUUAAAGGAAAAACAAAAUUGCAACCGGACCAAAGCAGUCGACAGAAAGAGGAAAUCGAGUUCGAGGACCCACCGCCACCUCGCGUCACGAUCGAAAAGCCUUUUCUACUUUCUCACGGCAGGGCGAAACUGGAAGCGUGGCUCGACAAGGCGACAUAUUUCCACGGCGAAAAAUUAAAUGUCAGCGUACUGAUCACAAACCACUCGCCAACAGUUAUGAGACGGAUAAAGAUCCUAGUCAUACAGCAUAUGGACGUUUGCAUGUACUCAAAUGGGAAGUUCAAAAAUAUAGUGGCAUUCCUAGAAGAAUCUGGCCAAUUUAUUCUUCCUGGGAAAACCCAAAAUAAUUUGUAUUUACUGAAACCUCACAGAGGAGUCAUCAACAAUUGGAUAGCACUCCAGGAUUCAUAUACAAAACCUGGCGCAACUCUAGCAUCAACUGUUCUAUGUAACCCCGAAUCUAAAGAUGAGCUUAACGAGUUCGCUAUUCACGUGUCCUACUAUGUGAAAGUUAAGUUAUCACUUAGCGAAAUGGGCGAAACGGGUGAUGUUUUCGUCAAACUACCGUUCACUCUAACCCACUCCUGCAUCAAUGAAACCCCAAAUGAUAGCGUAACAGAAGAAGCAGCCCAUAAAAUGAUUCUAAAAGGUAAAGAAGAGAAAACAGAAGCAAAAUACAACCAGAACAGCAACAAAGAAAUAAUUCAUGAAGAGGAUGAACCAUCGCCAGAUAAUACUAGAUGCAUUGCGGAUGUGCUGGUAAAUAUUGAGAAUCAAAAGACCAAAAUGUGACUGGAUAGUGAGAAACGUCGAUUGUCAAAUUUAAUAAUGAAGAAUUAGAUUUCAUAGAUAAAUAUCCCGGCCCAGAUACGUGAUCCGAUGAAAUAAUUAAAGUUGAAUCGAAUGUACUGAAUUAGUUUAAGUCGUGUAAUGAGGUCCAAAUCACAAAUGAAAGGUAGUUUUGCAGAGAAUUUGAAAAAAGCUGUCUGUUGUAUUGAUAGAAGCAGUUAAUAUAUUGUGCUGUUUAAUGCGACAAAAUUUUAUUGUUCUACUGGGUAACAAAAUUCGAUUUUGAUUCACUUCUAAAAGAACUCAUUCCAUUCAAUGUUUAAAAUAUUGAAAACUAUAUAGAAAAAUUAUAUUGAUCCAAAGCUUUUGAAAAAUUUGAAAGACGAAACGAAAGUCAAUCAUAGGCUUAAGUUAUUUUAGUAUAAUAAGUAUUGUAGAUUUAAGAAAAAUAUUGUAGUCGUUUUUUUUAUACACGGCGCAUAAAUUUUGCAAUUUGGGAACCGAUUUACGGGGUUGCGUCCUUUAAAAUUUGUAUAUAGUAUUGGACUUAAACUGAAAAACAAGUUCAAAUAUGGCAAACAUCUUAAAAAUUUCGAAUCGUAAAUUUUCCACACCUGUAGAAAGUACAAAGAAAUAGUUUGAAUAGCAACUUAACAAAACAUUCGUUAACCAAAGUUAUUAAAAGCGUAACUUAGAUAUUAUGGUUUAUUAGAUAAUUUUAUCAACAAUUAUCUACAAUUUAGCCUAAAAUCACAAAACUGUAGGUACUGUAUAUAUAUAAAUACUUUUCAUUUAUAUAUAUACUUAGAAAUUGAUAUUGUAUUGUAUUAUAGUAUAGUAAAAAAAUUUGAAUAAGAGAAUUAUUAUUUGGAAUCAAUACAGAUAAAAAUCGUCGAAACUUCUUCGCUUAUUAAAUUAUAUUAAGAAUUCAGUCCUAAGUUAAAAUCUUGCGCUUAGAAAGUCUCAAUAGAUUAUGUUCAUACAUAUUUUACGUCAUAUAUAAAUAAUCGCCUGAUUGACCACCCCGUGACGGCCCAAGCCGAGGUUCGAGUCUCGCAGGAGACGCCCUUGCGCUAGUCGCGGGAAAAACGCCCAUUCUGGCCGAGCUACGCUCGCCAAAACAGCCCGAGC